AUGGCUUCGAUAAUAAACAAGCGUCAGCAGGCGCGCAACGAGAGAGCGUUGCAUGAGCUCAUUCGCACAGUUCCCGGGAAUGAUCGAUGUGCGGAUUGUCAGGCUGGAAAUCCAGGAUGGGCAAGUUGGAACUUGGGCGUGUUCCUCUGCAUGCGAUGCGGUUCGCUUCACCGGAAGAUGGGAACACAUAUAUCCAAGGUCAAAUCGUUGAGUAUGGACAGUUGGACGUCAGAACAGGUGGAGAACAUGAAGAAAAGGGGAAACGCUAUCGUCAACAAGGAGUAUAACCCGCGCAAUAUCAAACCCGAUAUCCCCGUCGACGUCGACGAAGCAGAUUCCGCAAUGGAGAGAUUCAUCCGACAGAAAUACGAGCAUCGCAUCUUAGAAGACGGCAAACCGAAACCCCCGAGUAGAGAUGACUCCGGAUAUCAUACCCAAAAGUCCCUAGACGAAAGUCCACCCCCACCUCCAAUUCCCCCGAAAAGUGGCAGAAAGUUUGGAUUCAACCUACGAUCUGUUUCUUCGACGAGCCGUUUACCUCGUUCUCCUGAUAAAUCAUCCAUAUCGUCACCUAGAUCCGCUACGCUAGGUGGUCCCUUAUCCCCGUCGCUAUCGCUCAAUAAGCAGUCCCGAGUAUUCGGUACGAACGUUGGAGAAGCUGAUGGUUCUUUUGAAGCGAAGCUGGAUCAGCUUAGAAGCAUGGGAUUCCCAAACGAUAAGCGGAACUCUUCCGUCCUUAAAGGUGUUGGAGGAGAUAUGACACGCGCGGUGGAAUCUUUGAUUCGACUUGGAGAAGGAUCAGGUCCACCGCCUGCUGCUCCCCCAAAGCCCUCGACCGCGAUGAGUCAACCAAGUCCUUCCCCUCCCAAGACGGAGGCUGACGAUCCUUGGAGCAUUUCACCAAACGUGAACAGUUCGGCUGGUGCACGGGCGACAGCAGCACCCGCCAAAUCGUACAAUCCAUUUGAUGUACCUACCACGCAAGCCUCUGGUACCACUGGUCUCGAAGGCGCAUUCCAGAAUUUACAGGUUGCACAACCCAUGUCUCCACACACAACUGGGGGAUAUGUUAGCUAUCAGAUGAGCAACAACAUGGCGCUCACACCACUGCAGACAUCGCAGUCGUAUACAAGCUCCCCGCAGCCGUUGAGCUACAAUCCAUUCUUCCAGACCGCCUCGCUGACGUCUCAAAAUGUCGCGAAUCCAUAUUAUACUAGCCACACGGCACAGUCGACACCGAUUCAGCCAUCCCGCAGCUUCUCGCCGGGUAAUCCAUUUGCAAACUCGCUGUCAGCUCAGUCUACAGGCACCCAGCAGCAUCUAUCCGCUGUUUCGCAGUCACAGAGGUUUGCGAUGCCUCGGCAUGCUAAUACUAUGCCUGUCUUCUCUUCUUCCUCCGUCUCCAUCCCUUCGCAGUCUACGGCUUCUUAUGUGUUUUUCUCUCAAUCACAACAGCCCAGUCCUCAUCAAGUGUCGAACACCAAUCCGUUCGACAUUAACUCUAACACCCAUAACCCAUAUCAAAAUUACCCGACCAAUCACCAACAACCUCAGUAUCAGCAGUUUCAACAUCAGAAUCCUUAUGCGCAAUUCCAACAGAACGUCCCACAGCAACCUACCAGAGCGGACAAGAAUAGCAUCUUGGCACUAUACAACCUUGCGCCCGCAGCUGCUCCUCCAAUGUCCACCAUUCCGGAGCAGUCUCAGGUUCCGCAAACGCAACAGACAGUGGCCCAGCAGCAGAAUAUCAUGCAGGCAUCAAAUAGCACAUCUACAAGUCAUACCGCGCAGGGCAUGUUCCCCACAAUGCUUCAAAGCAGUGCGACAGGAUCAGGUCACAGCGUGCAGAACAGCAAUCCGUUCAUGCACUCGACUCCUCAGCAGCAACAACAACCGCAGUUGCAACCGCAACAGCCGCAACAGCAGCAGGCAAACCCCUUUGCAAUAAUGUCUCAGUCAACGCCAGCAGCUCCAGCGUCAUCAAAAGGCCUGGGAAUCGGUCUGGGUUCAAAUACACACAAUCCAUAUCAACAAAUGGCCCCCCAACAGCCUCAGCAACCACAAUUAAACAACUUUAUGCCUCGAGCGCCAAUACAUAUGAGCAAAGCGAGCGUCGACAUCAACAAUCUGCAGAGUGGUCGACAUAGUCCUGACGCAUUUGCAAGUUUGAGUGCAAGAUUUGCUUAGUCCACUCUUUUUGUCUCCUACUUUCUUUUUUACUUCGAAUAUAUAUAUUCCGUCUUUGCUUAUUGAUACAUUCCAAAAGAAAGGGCAUAUUCAUCUCUAUGACAUACUAUAAUACA